AUGGUCUACGUGUUUAUCCUAUGGGCGCUGACAACUCAAUGUACAGCGCACACAUCGUUGGCGGCGAAGAAGGCAUCGAAACCAAAAGUGGAGAUCAAAUGCGAUGUCGAGAACCGGAAGAAAGCGGACGCGUGCGCAGACAAACUGUUCUUCGUUGGCCGCAAUUCCCGCAAAUACCCCGAAACGAGUCAACAAAUGUCGAAACACUGCAAACAGACCAACUCAUUGAUCCGUUGCGCCAAAGACUACACCGACACCUGUGCCAAAGGGGUGCAGAAACAGUUGGCCAACGUUAUGCUCUACACCGUUAAGACCAAUCAGAAAAGUUACUGUUCAAAGUCCAGUAAAAGGGAAGAGGUCAUUUCGUUCGCCGCGUGUGGUAAUGCUGUGAGGGAUGAGACCAGUACGUGCAUGGACAAUUUUUUGAUGAAUUUGGGCAAGGCCAAUGCUGUUGAACAAAAAUAUAAAGUGCCCCAUGCCUGCUGUGCAUUUCACAAACUGAAGGGAUGUAUAAUGACUGCGGCUCGGGAUAAGGGCUCACCCGUGUGUGUGGAGAAAAAGCUGGAAAACUACGAGAAAUACAUUAACGCAAUGGCAGGCAAUACACUGAACCUGAUGUGCACCGACUACGAGGAGGACUCGGACAAGUGCCAGAAGCUGCCACCCAUGCCUACCGGUGCCAAGUAUGCCAAAGCCACCACCAUCAUGGUCGGUUUUGGCAAUUUGCUGCUUAACGCGUGA